UCCUCGCUUUCCUGAGCCCCACCGGGGCACCCGCCGGCGCCCUCGCUGAGUGGCUGCGGGCUCCGGCCUGGCCGUGGGAUGUUAGCGGUGGGGGCGAUGGAGGGCACCCGGCAGAGCGCGUUCCUGCUCAGCAGCCCUCCCCUGGCUGCCCUGCACAGCAUGGCCGAAAUGAAGACCCCUCUGUACCCCGCGGCGUACCCCCCCUUGCCCGCCGGCCCCCCCUCUUCUUCCUCCUCCUCGUCCUCCUCGUCGUCGCCCUCUCCGCCUUUGGGUGCCCACAACCCAGGCAGCCUGAAGCCCCCGACCACGGGGGGGCUCUCAUCCCUGGGCAGCCCCCCACAGCAGCUCUCGGCCGCCACCCCCCACGGCAUCAACGACAUCCUGAGCCGGCCCUCCAUGCCCGUGGCCUCAGGGGCCGCCCUGCCCUCCGCCUCGCCCUCGGGUUCCUCCUCCUCCUCCUCGUCCACCUCCGCUUCCUCCGCUUCGGCAGCUGCAGCGGCGGCUGCAGCCGCUGCAGCCGCCGCCUCAUCCCCAGCGGGGCUGCUGGCUGGCCUGCCCCGCUUCAGCAGCCUGAGUCCGCCGCCGCCGCCGCCUGGGCUCUACUUCAGCCCCAGCGCAGCGGCCGUGGCCGCGGUAGGUCGGUACCCCAAGCCGCUGGCCGAGCUGCCCGGCCGGACGCCCAUUUUCUGGCCAGGAGUUAUGCAGAGCCCACCCUGGAGGGACGCCCGCCUGGCCUGCACCCCUCAUCAAGGAUCCAUUUUGCUGGACAAAGACGGGAAGAGAAAACACACAAGACCCACGUUUUCUGGCCAGCAGAUCUUCGCUCUGGAGAAGACUUUCGAACAAACGAAAUACUUGGCGGGGCCCGAGAGGGCUCGCUUGGCCUAUUCGCUGGGGAUGACGGAGAGUCAGGUCAAGGUCUGGUUCCAGAACCGCCGGACCAAGUGGAGGAAGAAGCACGCGGCCGAGAUGGCCACGGCCAAGAAGAAGCAGGAUUCGGAGACCGAGCGGCUCAAGGGCGCCUCGGAGAACGAGGAGGAGGACGACGACUACAACAAGCCCCUGGACCCCAACUCGGACGACGAGAAGAUCACGCAGCUGCUGAAGAAGCACAAGUCGAACGGCGGCGGCGGCGGCGGCCUCCUGCUGCACGCGUCGGAGAACGAGAGCUCGUCCUGAGCGCCCGCCGCCCCCCAC